AUGCUAGGCGGUGUUGUAGCAUGCGGACCUACACACACACUUGUCACACCUCUCGAUUUAGUCAAGACCCGCCGUCAAGUCGAUCCGAAGAUCUAUAAAUCAAACCUGCAGGGAUGGAGUUCGAUUUACGCAAAAGAAGGCAUUCGUGGGGUUUUCUUUGGCUGGACGCCGACUUUCGUCGGCUACUCCUUCCAGGGUCUUGGGAAAUACGGCUUCUACGAAAUCUUCAAGCACCUGUACGGAGACAACAUGUUCCCCAACAGCAAUCGCACGCUAGUUUACCUAGGUGCCAGCGCCUCAGCAGAAUUCAUUGCAGACAUCUUCUUGUGUCCAUUCGAAGCCAUCAAAGUCCGAAUGCAGACCACACUGCCUCCAUACGCAAGCAACUUGCGGGAGGGGUGGACCAAAAUCGUCGACAAGGAGGGCAUUGCAGGGCUGUACAAGGGUCUUUACCCCCUCUGGGCCCGUCAAAUCCCGUACACUAUGUGCAAGUUUGCAACCUUUGAAGAGACGGUGAAGCUCAUCUACCGACAACUCGGCAAGCCCAAGGAGAGCUACAACAGUCUACAGCAGACAGGCGUGAGCUUCCUGGGUGGUUAUAUUGCCGGUAUUGCCUGCGCCAUUGUCAGUCACCCUGCCGACGUCAUGGUCAGCAAGUUGAACUCGGAUCGUCAAGCUGGCGAAUCUGCCGGUAAAGCCAUCAGCCGGAUCUAUGGCAAUAUCGGAUUCUCGGGUCUCUGGAACGGUCUACCAGUCAGAAUCGUCAUGAUUGGAACGUUGACUGGAUUCCAAUGGCUGAUCUACGAUUCCUUCAAGGUCUGGCUCGGUCUCCCAACCACUGGCGGUCACUAG